GUAGAGUAUACAUUGCAUACACAAACUGAAUUCACUCUUUAUAUUCAGAGAAUGAGGAAUUAAAUAUCUGAAAAUGUAAUUAUCGAGAUAGGACUACUCUUCUUUCCGCAUGAAACAAGGUUUGUUUUUACUUCAUUCCACCGUACAACACCCAGAUCUAAGAAGGAGAAAUAUUUUGAGGAUCCCCAAAAAGUUCAUAAUUCUUAAGAUGGCUAAUACGAAAGUGAAGAAGUGGAAGAAGCCUGAUAAAGACCAUAGUGGGGCAACAAGAGAGCUUAUUAAAGGUUAUAUGAUGCUUGGAGAGGAGUGUAAAAUCGAAGGUGGACUUACUUUAGAUUUUAGAGCAAAGAAUGUGUUCUUCUACGUGUUGAAGGCAGUGGAUCUAUUCUGCUACCAGUUGGUGUCCUACAGAGACAAGAAACACUCUAAGAAGAAGGGCGCGGAACCCGUCAGGACUAUUCGAUACACAGGCAGGGUGCUGACUCACCAGUUUGUCAUAGGCCAGACAAGCAGUCAGAAAGAAGUCAUAUUUGUAGUCAUCCACGCCCAACAGCCCACCUACUUCAAACCUGAUCAAAAGCAGGCUGAAAAGUGGUUUCAAGAAUUCAGCAAAGUUUCUCGAUAUUCGAAGGAGAAAGAAUUAUCAAGAGGAGCCGUUGUUAACACAAAGCAACCCCCUAUCAACGCUCCUGAAAGGUAUACCCCGAAAACAAAUCGACAGUUUGUUGGUGACUAUGUCACAUUGAGAUCAGAACCCGGUCCAAAACAGUCCCCUGAAGCUACAGGUUCAAAGUUAACGGGACAGGUACCUUCACCUUCAAGCGGGACCAAACCAUCUCGAAAUAAAUCAAAUCCGGCACUCAGUACCACUGCCGGGAAACAUGGAAACGCUGCCAACAAUACCCACAUCAAGCAGAAUGGCUCCAUGGGCCAACUACCGGAUACACGUGGUUUCCAGACACAAGAACGCCGGACACCACAAGAUGACGGUAUCUUCAACCGGAAAGGCCAUGCCAACAAGCAAGCGGAGAAAUCUCCUUCAUCCACAUCGGACCUAAGCAAGGUUUCGCGUACACAACCAAGGUCGAUUAACGACGAUGAAGAAUCAUUACUUUCCAUGUACGCUCCAUCUGAAGUGAUCUUUGAUAUACACCCUUGGAAAUUCGACGAUGAUGAUGGUGACGAUCAUGGCGAAGAAGACAGCAUGUCUCCAAGGAUCCCCAACGCACGUAAACCAGUCAAACGGGGUCGAAGUCUUAGAAGGCGUCGAGAAAAUGGCAAAUUUGCUUGGGACCUAACUGAUACAAUCGAUGAGGUGGACACUGCCACUCCAGCAGCUCCAGUGAAAAUGCAUACUGGAUUGCCAAAUAGUCACGACCAAGACACCGACAGAACCAAACCAUCAUAUCUAUCUACCAAACUUGGCCAGUACUGUGGUACUCCUCAGCAGCUCGUUCGAAAGAUUGAAGAAUUAAAGGAUCGUCCUCUUCCGGUUCCUCCGGGGGAAAGCCGUCAGAUUUAUGUCUCCAUGAAGUCUUCUACUCAACGUGUCGUCACUACUGGAAUGGGAAGUAGCUCCUUAAAUCCAGCGGUCGACAUUUCAACUGGCCGAAGAAGAUCAAUUUCAGACCCGCUUGACCCGGAAGCGUUGCUACGAUCUAUGGGCAGUAUCGGAAUAGGUGCGGGAUCGUCGGGCGGAUGGCAAGUAGAACCGGGGAAGUUCUACAGGCAGAACGAAGGUCACGAGUCUAUCUGGUCAUCGGAACAUGGUUCAACCCCAGAAUAUGUGAGACCAACGGCUUUGGGAGACAUUCUCAGUGGACAUGAUAGAAAGGCUCAUACUAUCGGAGCUUAUGGUAGACCGGGGUUGGACCAAACUAUGGUCCCUUCAAGGAAUCCUAAGGAUCCUUUACCAGUCCCCAUCAAAGUGGUCAGGCCUGCUCAAAGCUGGAGCCCAAAGACCCGUCCGGAUUUACCUUAUUCUGUCUAUGACUAUAGGCACGGUGCCUAUGAUGAAAUCUCCAGUGUCCUGAGCAGCAGGCAGCUCAUAGAGAUGGUUACUCAUGAACAAAAUACAGGACCGGUAAACGUCGAGCUGAAGAAACACGAUGUAAACAACGGUGUCGUUUUCGUUGAACUAAAAUCAAGAAUUUGGAUUGCUUCUUGGAAAAGGGAGGUGAACGGCAAAGCAAAGUUUCACAAGACGCUUCACAUUGGUGACGAACUCGCAUCAGUGAACGGAAAGGACGUACGUAACGUGAAGCACACAGCAGAACUAAUCAGCAGUUCAUCUGGUGACUUGGUCAAAUUACAUAUUAAUCGGAUGCCUCUGGCGAAGGUCGUGUACUUGACAAAAUCCAUUACAGAUACGUGGGGCUGUGAAUUCUCUAGAAAUGAGCUAACGAAAAUGUACACAGGGCCACUCAAGGACUCUGGGAUAGCUGAAACUCCGUACGGUUUGAAUGGGAAGGAGACUAAGUGGGUAGUUACUGAAUGCCAUCAUCAGCCGGUACCUAUUAUGACUUGUCAGAAAGAUGAAGUGAAAAAUCGAAUGUUUAUGUCAAACACGGAGCUUCCUCUUGUUCUACAUCCGAAGGAUUUCAUCGAUAGCCUCGUAGCAAUGCUCAAGAGAAAUCAGAAAAUAAUCAAGCACACGUCGGACUACCAAAUUUAGCAAGCCUACGAUGCGCAAGGUCAAAGACAUCGGUGAUGGCGGCGGUGAUGACCCCCCCCCCCCUAGGUCGCCGCUUAGGUGCUAAGGUUCUCCAAGCAGUGGCGUAAAGAUGUGGAUCUUUGGGCGC